GCGUACCCGCCCUAGAGUUUAGAUCGUUCCUCCUUUCUCGGAUCUAGGCCGCGCGGCCGGGGUUUUGGAGCAGCGAUCCAUCGUUUUAGCUCGGCGCAUCGGGUAGGAUCGAAGGGAAUUCCAUGGCGCGCCCGACGCCGCUGCUCAAGGAUGAGCUCGACAUUGUGAUUCCCACCAUCAGGAACUUGGAUUUCCUGGAAAUGUGGAGGCCCUUCUUCCAGCACUACCAUCUCAUCAUCGUCCAGGACGGCGACCCCAGCAAGCAGAUCAAGGUGCCCGAGGGAUUCGACUACGAGCUCUACAACCGCAACGACAUCAACCGGAUCUUGGGAUCCAAGGCGUCGUGCAUCUCCUUCAAGGACAGCGCCUGCCGCUGCUUUGGAUUCCUCGUGUCCAAGAAGAAGUACAUCUUCACCAUUGACGACGAUUGUUUUGUAGCCAAGGAUCCGUCCAGCAAAGACAUCAACGCGCUGGAACAGCACAUAAAGAAUCUCUUGUCUCCAUCGACACCUUAUUUUUUUAACACACUCUACGAUCCAUACCGCGAAGGCACAGACUUCGUCCGGGGAUAUCCUUUUAGUCUCCGAGAAGGCGUCCAAACGGCGAUCUCUCACGGCCUGUGGCUCAACAUCCCCGACUAUGACGCUCCCACGCAGCUAGUCAAGCCAUCCGAGAGAAACACAAGAUAUGUCGACGCGGUCAUGACGAUCCCCAAAGGAACGCUCUUCCCGAUGUGUGGGAUGAAUCUAGCUUUCAACCGGGAGCUCAUUGGACCGGCGAUGUACUUCGGCUUGAUGGGCGACGGGCAACCGAUCGGCCGCUACGACGAUAUGUGGGCCGGAUGGUGUUGCAAGGUGAUCUGCGACCACUUGGGCUAUGGAGUUAAGACCGGCUUGCCAUACAUCUGGCACAGCAAAGCCAGCAAUCCAUUCGUGAACCUCAAGAAGGAAUACAAGGGGAUCUUUUGGCAGGAGGAGAUCAUCCCCUUCUUCCAGUCGGCAGUGCUGUCCAAGGAGGCCACCAGCGUGGAGCAGUGCUACAGGGAGCUGGCCAAGCAAGUGAGGGAGAAGCUGAGCAACGUAGAUCCAUACUUUUCCAAGCUCGCCGACGCCAUGGUCACCUGGACCGAGUCGUGGGAGGAGCUGACCAGUAACAAGAUCGUGGCUGGCGGCGUCAAGGCUUCCAGCGGCGGCGUCCAUCACGCCAAUGGCCCGACCACGAAGGUGGCGUCGCCGCCACCGCCACCGCCGGCUGUGGUUAAGUCCGAAGAACUUGGAAGCCCCGCAGCGUAAAACUCUUCCCAAAAGUUUAUUUAAAAAAAUUCACAUAGAUCUUUGCUCAGGAAAUUAAAAUAAUGUCGCGAUAUUUUCUUC